AUGGCAACAACAGACAACAACAAAAUUAUUAAUUCAUCAUUGAAUGAACAACGUCUUAUUUGGAUUGAUUGUGAAAUGACUGGAUUGGAUCCAAUUAAACACAGAUUGGUGGAAAUUGCUUGUAUUGUGACUGAAGGUGAUUUGAAGGUGGGGGAGUUUUUUUUUAAUUUUGUGUUAAGUUGA